CUCCACGACCACGACUACUGUGCCUACGCUUAACGUCGCACUCGGAUUUCAGAUGGAUACCUCGCAAGAUCCAUGCGCCAUGGCCACGAAUCGCACGUUUUUGAUCUCCUUCUGCCAGAGCACUGAGGUCUUUCCAUUAAGGAGAGCUCCUAAUAGAACGCACACAGUCAGAGACAUAGAAGUGGAGGAGUCCAGUUGUAGAACUAGAGGGCUUUCUCUAAAAGGAAAUUGUGCUCACGCUCAGUUAGUAGAAGGUUGGAAACUGCAGCCGAACUAAGUAAAUUCUAAAUUGUAGUAUAACAACUAAGGUAUAAUUAAAUUGUUGUAGAAACAAUUCUCAGAAGUUGCACUUGUAGAAUAUUAACGAAGUAAGUCUUUCUAAUCCAAACCCUAGCGGAAUGCGAAACGGCUGUUGACAAGGGUGACAUCAUCGUGGAUAUGGGCACGGAUUGUAAUGGAGGCUCUACGCUUUUGAUCGAAAAAGCUGGUCAGCAUAGUUAUGGUAGGACUACUACUGCAGCUGAUUUUUCAUCAAGCUUAACAUUGACUGGUGGUAAAAGUACUGCAG